AUGAAUUUUAAUUAAUUAUGGGUAUUGGCCCCAUUUUCUAUUGUGAUAUUGAUCAUCGCAUACUUGGAAAUAAUGAUGGUUUAUGUAAACUAGAGUUCUUAAUAUAGAUAUUCAUAUAUCCGGAAGAAAAGGAAAUUCUUUUGUUGAUUUUACAUCAUUUGUUAUUGUUGGCUGUUAUAUACUCAUUUUACAAAACAUCCACUACUAAGCCAGGAUCGCCAACAUAAACCGAUAAUGAAGAUGACCCUUUGACUACUUCGAGGAAAACUUGUAAAUUUUGUUAAAACAAUAAACCCAUGCGAUGUCAUCAUUGCCGACAAUGUAAUAAAUGUAUAUUGAGAAUGGAUCAUCAUUGUCCUUGGGUGAAUAACUGCAUAGGACAGAACAAUUACAAAUAUUUUUUUUGCUUAGUUUUUUAUGCUAGUAACUUAAAAUGAAUAUUUAGAGCCUUAACAUCAGUUGUUUACUUUUGCAUAUAUUUCAAUAAAAUUUUAAAAAAUCCUCCGAUUGGCAAGAUCGAUACCUACUUUAUAAUAUUUGCUGCUACUCUAAGCUUCACAUUGAUGAUUGUCUUAUUUUUAUUCUUAGCAUUUCAUACAAAGUAAAAAUAUAUAUUACAAUAAAAGAUUAAUAAGCAAUAAUCAAACAACGCUUGAAUACUUUGAGAAACAGAGAGAACACUACAAUAAGGACCUCGUAUCUAAUUGUAACGAAUUUUUGGGGCCAGGAUGUUGGCUAAUCCCUAAUUGA